AUGAAGGUGAAUGUUAAGAGGUCUUACGUAGUUAAACCAUCAGAGCCAACAUGGAGUGGCCUUCUCUCCUUAUCGGAGCUUGAUCAGAUCGCAACCAUGAUGCAUGUUGAAACCUCUAUUUCUACUCUACUCCUUCCACAUUAUCCCAGACGCCAUUAUCGAUACCUUGCGACUCUCUCUCAGCCAAGUCCUGGAUAUUCCCUUGUUCGUGGGCAGCUCACUAAGUUCAGAUGCGGAGGAAUUAGCCUUGGGUUUGCGAUAUCUCACGUUGUGGCUGACGGACAUGGUCUCUGCCAUUUUCUGUCGGAGUGGGCUAAUCUUGCCUCCGGGAAACCAUUGAGCUCCGCCCCUUUUCAUGACCGGAGGAGACUUCUCCGCGGGGUAGGAGAAUCAUCUUCUCCACAGGGAGGUCCUCGUCGGGUUUUCGAUCAUUCUCCUCCGCUUAUCGUUGGCCAGUCCAGCGACGAAAGCGAGAGGAUGAAGGAAACCAAAGUAUCCACGCUGAGAUUAAGUAAACCACAGAUUCAUGCACUAAAAGCUGCCGCCAACAAUGGUCGGAGUUAUAAUGCCAAACCGCGAGACUAUACCAGGUACGAGGUGAUAACCGCCCACAUAUGGAGGUGCGCAUGCAAAGCGCGAAGCCAUAAACCCCAACAGCCCACGAAUUUAUGCUUCUCUGUCGAUAUCCGCAGGCGAAUGGAGCCUCCAUUGCCAGAUUCGUAUUUCGGUAAUGCGGUCGUUGACGUGGUGAUCCAUGGCGGCGUCUCGGGGAGAUUAUCUCCGGGCCACUACAAGACGUGGCUUCUAAAAUACGUGAGGCAAUCGAUGGGACUCGAUUUUGGGUGGGGGGAAGAGAUUCAUAUGAGCCCUGGAAAUCAUGACUGUGAUGGGGACGUUUUGAUCCUUCCAGGUCCAAACGGAAUUGAUGGGACGAUGGGUCAUUGCUGGUUGCUGCAU